CACCCGCCACCAGAGCGCGUCACCGUCGUCGGGCUACUAGGUUGGCAGAACUGGAACUGGAAAAGAAACAGAAAACUGUGAAAGACAAAGAUGGCGGUCUGUAGCUCUUGUUCUUGAAGUUUAUUUUUAAUUUGCAUAUUAACAACAAACAGGUCUUGUCAUAACAAAUGCCACAUCUUACAUUUUAGGACACUCUAAGUUUUAGUUUUUAAGAAAAAAUGGCUAAUGGACGUAGAUAUUCCUGGUUCUUGUUGGGAAUUUUAUUUGCGUCUGCGACAUGGAUGGUGAGCCUCUAUCUGUAUACCCAUCUCAGUCAAUCAGAUCGUACUAAUUUUCUUAGUACUGUUUCUCCAGCAAGCCUCAACCUGCGAAAGGUUUUUGUAAAUGAUUCGGAUCAGGUACUAUGGAGUCCUAUUAACAUCAAAAAACAUAAAUCACCUGAUUCAAAUAAAGACCUUUUGCCUCAAAUCCCAUAUGAAAACAAAUGGUCUCCAAAAAAUGCCCUUCAGAACAGAGCAAAUAAAUAUGGAUUUAAGAACAGUGAAGCUCUGAUCAGAAAACUUAAACCUGUUUUGCCAAAGGGGAAAACUGCAGGUAAUAGUGUGUUGGAUGAGCUAGGAAUGGUAAAAAGUGAGGAUGACCUCAAGUUGCGGGAUCAAGGAUAUAAGCAGUUUGCAUUUAAUGUGCUAGUGAGCAAGAACUUAGAUUUACACCGUAAGGUGCCUGAUACACGUCAUAAGUUGUGUCGCGAUGUGAAGUUCAAAGAAAACUUACCCUCAGCUAGUGUUGUUGUCUGUUUUUAUAAUGAACACUAUGAGACCCUGCUAAGAACUGUCCACAGCAUUCUGGAUCGCUCACCACCACAAUAUCUCCAUGAAAUAUUAUUAAUUGAUGAUAAUAGUGAUCUAGAAGGGGUACAUGAAACACUGCGGGAAUAUGUUCUUCACAAGUUCCCAGAAAAAGUAGUACUCUUGAAAACCCCACAACGGGAAGGUAUUAUGCGGGCAAGAAUGUUUGGUGCCAAAGAAGCUUCUGGAGAGGUUCUGGUGUUUUUGGACAGUCACAUAGAAGUGAAUGAAGGCUGGUUAGAGCCUAUGUUGUCAAGAUUGGUAGAAGCUGGGGGUCCAAAUAACACUGCUGUUGUUAUGCCAGUCAUUGACAUUAUAAAUGCAGAUACUUUUGAGUACAAUGCCUCCCCAUUGGUGAGGGGUGGCUUCAAUUGGGGAUUGCAUUUUAAGUGGGAAAACCUUCCAACAGGCACUCUUACUAGCGAACAAGAUUUUGUGAAACCCAUCAGGUCUCCAACCAUGGCAGGUGGUCUGUUUGCAAUGAACAGGAAGUACUUCUUUGACCUUGGAGCCUAUGAUUCUGGGAUGAACAUCUGGGGCGGAGAAAAUCUUGAAAUAUCAUUCAGAAUUUGGAUGUGUGGGGGUACUCUAGAACUGAUUCCUUGCUCUAGAGUAGGCCAUGUAUUUCGACGAAGAAGACCAUAUGGCUCUCCUGAUGGUGAAGAUACUAUGACUAGAAACUCUUUACGAGUUGCCAUGGUGUGGAUGGAUGAGUAUAAGGAAUACUUUUUCAAAGAACGGCCCCAUUUGAGAGAGUAUCCAUUUGGUAAUGUAGAUGAGAGAAUAGAGCUGCGCAAUCGCCUUGAAUGUAAUAAUUUCCACUGGUAUUUGAAUAAUGUGUAUCCUGAACUUGUCUUACCAAGUGAUGAUAAGUCCCGUCUGAAAAAGAAAUGGGGUGCUCUAGAAAAGAAACAAUAUCAACCUUGGCAUUCUCGAAAACGCAACUAUGUUGAUCAAUUCCAGGUGCGACUUGCUAAUACCAGUUUAUGCAUGGCAUCUGAGAAAGACGUGAAGACAAAAAAUGCUCGCCUUGUGCUCAAAACAUGCUUGAGAUCUCCAAAUCAGAUGUGGUAUGAGACGGACAAAAGUGAGUUAGUCCUUGCCCAGCUUUUAUGUCUUGAGGCAGCUGACAACUAUCCUAGACUUUACAAGUGCCAUGAGAUGGGAGACAAUCAAGAAUGGAAACGGAGAGGCCGUAAAAGUACUCCAAUCUACAACUUAGCCUCUGGAUUGUGUCUUGCCGCUCCAGUACCGAGCAAGGGCCAACUGCUUACCCUAGAAAUUUGUUCAAGCAAGGGUGGACUCCAUGAGUGGGACCUCAUUCUAGAUUAAGUAAAGAUUACAUAAGAUCUCAUCAGUUUGCCGUCACAAGACUGAUCUAUAAUGACUUCAUUCCAUCAAGAUCUAUGCUACAAAUGAGCAGCUCAUUGAGACUGAAUAAGAAACACACAAAGUCUUUAUUGAUAUUUAAUAGAUAUUUCAAUCAUGUUAAUGACCUCCAUAUGAUUUUUAUUGAAUCAAGUAGAAACCUAUUUUAGCCCCUUUAAAUUAAUUGUUUUUGAUUUAAUGGCCAUUGAUCAUAGAUCAAAUUUAUUUCACUGUACUGUUUUGUUUAUGUUUGCAAUGUUAUUUUAUUUCUUUUGUUUUACCACUGUUUUGUUUUUCCCCAAUCCAUGUUAGUAUGAACUGUAGCACCUAAAGAGGCAGCUUUACUUAUUGUUUGGAUUUUGUGCAACACCUUUGUGCACCUACUCAAGCACAGUGUUGUAUUCAUAUUUGUGUUAAAAAAGAAUCUCCUUUCAAAUACUCCUGGUACAUAUUUUAAAAUUGACAAUUGUACAAUCAAAUUGUACAAUUCAAAUGUAUUUGAAGUACCGGUAAUUAGAUUUUUUUUCUGUUAUUCUCACUUCUUUUGCAUUAUGCUUCUCAUUGUAUUAGAGAAAUAUUGCUGCUUUUCAUCCGGUUGUAAAUACUGGGGUAGCCAGAACAAACAAACAUUCAUACGUAAUAAUAAAUGAAUCCAGAUUCAUCUUAACAUAUACAAAAUGCAAGAUAUUUUAGAGUUAUGAGUCUGUUUGAAGCAGCUGGAACUUUUAUUACCUACAGUUAUCACUGUUUGUUGUGCUGUAAAACUAUGCAUCUCCUGCCAUUAUAUGUAGAUUUGAUUUGAGCUGUGCCUAGUUGUGCCUCCACAUAAAAGACAAUUAGUAGAAUUUUGCUGUAGGGCACUUCUGUAGCUUGCAAAUAUGAUUGUGGUUGUGCAUAAUCUUAUCAAUUUUGUUACUUGCACCGUCCUGAACAGUACGCUGGAACUUUUGUUCAUGUGA